AUGAUGUAUAAGAAGAAGAUAGAUAGUUUGAUAUUGAACUAUUUUAUUCAAGAAGGUUAUAAGGACGCAGCCAUAAUGUUCUCCAAAGAAACCAAUAUAGACUUGAUAGAUAAGACCGGUCAAUUAUCCAGUCCAUCAACUAAAUCCAAUGAAUUUUUACAAAAGCUCAAGGCAAUUGAUGAUAACAGUGCAUUAUUAAAACUCAUUGAAGAUUACAAGUUUGAAGGGGAACUGAAAGUAUAUGACAAGAAUGUGAAGACUGUGAAAGGGUAUUCAACAAUCAACGAAAGAAGAGAAAUCAAAUAUUUGAUUUUGAAAGGUGAAAUAACCAAAGCCAUAGAAAAGAUAAGUGAAUAUUUCCCCAUGGUAUUGGAUUCAAACAAUCUCUUACAUUUUAAACUAUUAAGAUUGAAUGUAAUUGAAAUGAUUAGGAAUCAUAAGCUUGAAAACCCAAGCAGUUCUAACGAUAUUGAGAAACAAUUUUUAAAUGAUAUUCUAUUAUUUGUCAGACAGAAUUUGAUAAAUAAAGUUACCAAGUCUUUUAAGUUAUUAAGAGAAUUGGAAAUUACUAUGAGUUUGUUAUGUUUCAAUUUUGAUCCCAGUUUAGGUUCCAUUGAUGAACAAAAGGAUUUACCUGAAGAAUUAAGAUCAUUAUUUGACUUAUCUUUAAGAUCACAAUGUUAUAAAUUAGUCAAUAGAGCUAUUCUAGAUUUGAACAAGGAAUACGAAUUUGAUGAUUACCCCGAAAGUCUUGAAAACGAUCAAAAAUAUUUCGAUAAAAUCAAUUAUUCAAACGAUACAAACUUCAAUAUGGAAGAUCUUGAUAUGGAUGAAAUACGGGAAUAUAAUGAUUCUAAUGAUGAAGAAAUAGAUAUCAACGAAAUAAUAGAAGGAGCAUCCAAAAAAGAUGAAUCUAAUGAUGAAUCUAAUGAUGAAGGCAAUUUGAAAUUGCAAGAACUAGCAUUAGAAUCCAAAUUAGAAAGGUUGGUCAAACUUUGGUCAGUGACUGAAAGUAGAAUUUCUAAUUGGAAAUAUCUUUCUAAUGAUAAAAAGCAUGUUUAA